CAGACAUGAAGGUUAGAUAAGAUUGGAGAACGCACAACUUUACAAAAAAAAUCACAAUAAAAACCGUAUUUAAGGUUGUGAUUGUUCAAAUGAAUGUGGUAAAACUAUCGUUUAUAAUAACAUGAUUGUCGUGAGAACAAAAUGUGGUUGGAUAAUACAAGGAUGGAUCCAAAAUUCUGGAAACUUUUCUAAAAUACACGAAUAACAGCAAAGUAAUACAAUAAAUAGAAUAAAAAACGUUUUUGCCACAAACUGCGCCCUGCGAAUGAACAGUGUCAUCUGACUUACUUCGAAGUAAUAUUGUUUAUCUUUAUUCACAAGCCAAUCCAAACAAAUUAAUUUCCAAUUUAGACAUAAAACGCGUAAUUACAACGCUGUCUGAAGGAAUCUUUUCAAAUCAUUGGAAAAAUUGGAAUGCUUCAUUCGGCUUACUCAGAUAGCACCAUGGGCGCUACAGCGGAGAAAUGUUCCGAUACCGAGCGUGGAUCAGGCAGCAAUUCAUCGGCGCUGUUGCGUCGCUGUAACUCGUCCUCCCACGCGUCACAUCACCAUCGGCACGUGCCCGAUAAGACCGACUCGGACCAUAACGAUGUGAGCGACGACAGUUGCGACUCGUGCUCGGACCUGACGGAAAAGUACUACCGACAGAAGCCGGCGGGGAGUUCGAAGAUACCGGAUCCUGUGAAGACAUUUCGACCAGCUGUGAAGUUCCAUUUGGGUGCGAAAAGCAUGGAUUAUAGUGAGACGAACGCCAAUAAAAGAGAGAUCAGUUCGGAUUUAAGUAAGCUGUCCCGGAAGGGUACAGGAAGUGUUCGUUAUGUGCAGCCGCGUCUCUCACUGCUUGGAAAGCCCAUCAAUUAUAAAAUGCACAAGCGCGAUGCGCGCUACAGGCGACUGCAGGCCCGGGUUUAUAAUUUCCUGGAACGGCCCAAGGACUGGUUCGCCGUUUCGUAUCACAUAGGAAUAUGUGCUGUCUGCAUCGGGGCAAUAAUACUCAGCACUCUAUCCACAAUCGACACUUUUGAAACAACAAUGACACAGGUUGUGAUAUAUAUGGAACCAAUACUUCUUGUCUGGCUGACGGUGGAGUAUGUAACACGAAUCUGGGCUUCCGGGUGUCGCUCCAGAUACCAGGGCUUAAAUGGGCGACUGAAAUUUGCUCAACGUCCUCUAUGUAUUAUAGACGGUAUUAUCAUUGUCUCCACGGUGAUGGUGAUACUGGUAGGAAGCUCAAGCGAGAUGUUUGCAGCUUCAACACUAAGAGGACUAAGGUUCUUUCAAAUUCUACGUCUCGUGCGCAUGGAUAGGCGAGCCGGAACAUGGAAGCUGUUGGGAUCCGUUGUGUGGGCCCAUCGUAGGGAGUUGUUGACAACAGUUUACAUAGGUUUUCUUGGCUUGCUUUUCUUCUCAUAUUUGGUGUACCUUGCCGAGAAAGAUUACAACAAAAAUCGCUUCGGAACGUAUGCAGAUGCAUUGUGGUGGGGAGUGGUGACACUGUGCACCGUCGGAUAUGGUGAUGUCGUCCCAAGCACCUGGGCAGGAAAGCUGAUAGCCUCGUUUUCAGCUGUGCUCGGAAUAGCGUUCUUUGCACUUCCGGCAGGCAUACUGGGUUCCGGCUUUGCCCUCAAAGUUCAACAACAGCAACGACAGAAACAUCUAAUCAGGAGACGGGUACCUGCCGCGCUGUUGAUACAGAGUUUAUGGCGUUGUUAUGCGGCAGACGAGAAUUCUAUAUCCGUUGCUACAUGGACACCGCAUAUGGUUCCCUGUCCAAGUCCAUCACAAGAACGACCUUUCAAGAACAAUUCCUCAUUUGUAAGCAGAUUCUCCACGAGGCGAAAGACGGGUGGUAAUGGAGGCACGAGCUCGAGCAACAACAGCGGCGCGGCCAGCCCGCAUUCACCGCUCAUAUCGAGACGAGACUCCAGAAAAGCUGGAAAUACUUUGGACGACGAAAUUCCCGAAACAUUGCAGAACUUUGUAAAUCGCACAUGGAGUCAUCUCAGUCUGGCGACAGGGCUCAUAGAUCAGCGAGUAGAACGGUUUGCUGUGUUGCGUGACCACAACAAUACAGGGUCAUCCAAGCAUGACCAUUCCGAAGAGGAGCUUGAGCUAUCACCAAAAAUGCGAGAGCUAACGGUUGUCGACAAAAGAGUCAUUCGUUCUCUACGUAAAAUAAAGUAUUUUGUGGCGCGUAAGAAAUUCAGGGAAGCGUUACGACCAUACGAUGUCAAAGACGUAAUCGAGCAAUAUUCCGCCGGUCACGUAGAUAUGCUUAGCAGGGUGAAGAGUCUUCAGAUGAGACUUGACCAGAUAUUGGGAAAGACUGGAAGCAAGAGCAAGGAUGCAUACGAAUCCAAAGUUAGUCUGUCCUCACGUAUCGUCAAAGUGGAGCGACAAGUGGAGGACAUUGAAUCAAAGCUAGAUCUACUGAUAGACAUGUAUAAGGAAGACAGAAAAGUUUUAAUGCAAUCGCGGACUUCUGAAAACACUGCACACGAUAAGCAUGCUCACACUUCUGUCAAGCCCAGAUCGAUUCUAAUCGACAAGCAAUAUACCAGUGAACCAUCAUCCCCUAUAAUUGAUAAACAUCCCAAGAAAAUGAUGUUGAGAAAUCAUUCGGAUUUAAGUUCUCGAAUUCGUAAGCGUGUUACGUAUCGAUUGAACUCCGCUCCACUUCCUAAGCUUGUUGCUAACGAGCAGGCGGAAUCCAAACUUUCUUGCGAACGUGGAUGCAGUACUGAUGUGUCGAACGAAGAUAUUGCCGAAGAGGUAACAAACGACCCAAUGGGUGAACUUGUGAACGAAACAGGUCGUUGUAUGUUUGACUUACAUGAAGAAAAUGCUAACAACACGAGUAAUGAUGAGGAGGUGUUUCACGACUCUCAUACGAUUUUAAAUCAUGUGCAUACCUCUGCGAAUGUUCAAAAUUUUUGCUCACAAACUGCGGUAACGACAGCAGUGUCGGGCUUCGACCACAUAAAAACCGAGUGCAAAAUCGACAUCGAUCAUGAAGGAGAUAUCAAAAAUGAGAAAUAUGGUUUAACCCGAGCUUGUCCAAUACUAAAUGAACCAUCAGAUCAUAGGGUUUUGGUACCUUUGGGAUCGGUAAAUGCGCUUGUCUCUGAUGUAACGGAUGUUUAAGUAUAUUUAUUGAGAAGGUAUUUCGGCUGCAACAAAUAUGUUGUUAAGAAGUGAGAAGAGUCUAUAAAUUAGAUGAAUUUAAAUACAACAGUACCAUCAUAGUUCCCUGUUUAAACAACGUUAAGAUUGUCACACUGGUACUAACAACACAAAUUAUGUUAUUGCUGUGAAUAGUGUUAGCAUCGGUAUAGAUGUAACCAUUUUACUUAAGGUAAUACUGUUUUCUGUUAUUAUUAUUGUUUGUUUGAUACAUUAAUCA